AUGCCAGCUCUCCACACUCGCAUCGAAACUCCGGCGCCUCUUGACUAUUCCACACCACCAUUCCCAUCACUAUAUUGGCCUCUUCAUGCAAAGCCCGGUGUCCCAAACUACCUAUACUAUGCUCAUGACAUAUGGCGAUUUACUCUUCUAUGGACACUCAUUGCGUAUGGAGUUACUCACAUGGCUGUAGCUGUUUAUGCUAUUGUGAUGCAACUGGGAAAGGGGAAAAACGCCUGGCAAUAUGUUUGGGUUAUCCCACUGGUGUACGCUUUAUUAGCUGGAAUUGAAGCUUUGUUGGCAGGGAGUUUCGUUGGCUUGAUACUCGGUGCUGUUUACAAUGCAGGAUACUUUCAAAUGUCAACAUGGAUUCCUUUUAUAUGGUCACUGAUAAACGUCUUGGUUUUGAUCAUAUCUUCAUUCUCAAUUCAGGGCGGCUUAUGA